GCGCUCUCCUCCUCCUCCUCCUUCACCUCCUCUUCUUUCCCUCCCUUUCCGGCCCUGGCGGCUCGAGCAUGACCCGGGAGCAGCCCGGAGCCGUUGCGCGCCGCUAGCCCCCGGCCGCGCGUCCGAGUGCCCGAUCCCGCCGGACCCCUGAGCACCAUGGGAGGCGCCGCCGCGGCCGCUGCAGCCCUCUCGACCGUCGCCGCCCCGGCUCCCAGCGCCCACCUGCGGCCCUGGACUCGGCGUCCGCCUCGGCCGCUGCCGCCGCCGCCGCCGCUGCUGUUGCUGCUGCUGCUCCUCGUCUCGGCCAGAGGGAUCGCCGAGGCCCAGAGCUUCGAGUUCCCGGAGCUGUGCGGUUAUACAUGGGAAGCUGCUGAUAUUGAAAGACGUAUACUUUAUAAAAUAAAUCUCUGUGGAAAUAUGAGUUUUCCCAAAUGUGAGUCUAGUGCCAUCUGUGCAUAUGAUUUGAAGAAUUUAUCUUAUCGUUCAGUAGGAGACUUAACUUUGAAAAAUGGAACCAAAUCCUUGAUGGAAUUCAAUACAGAGGAUUCCUGUCUCCAGCAAGAUACAGGGACAACAGUGCAUAGUAGUAUUGCCUUUUUAUGUGGAAAAACACUGGGAGCGCCUGAAUUUGUCACCUCAACAGAAUGUGUACAUUACUUUGAAUGGAGAACUACUGUGGCCUGCAAGAAAGACACAUUUAAAGCUAAUAAAGAGGUGCCUUGCUAUGUGUUUGAUAAAGAGUUAAGAAAGCAUGAUUUGAAUCCAUUGAUCAAUACCUCUGGGAACUACUUGGUGGAUGAUUCUGAUCACGAUACUUCCUUGUUUAUCAACAUCUGUAGAGACAUAGGUGGCUCAAAUCAAGAGACACGAUUUUGUCCCUCAGGUAGUGCGGCAUGCCUGGUGAAAGAGAAUCAAGCUUAUGAUGUUGGAAGGCCAAAAGAAGGUCUGAAAUUAGCAGGCAAAGACAGGCUUGUCCUUAGUUAUGUGAAAGAAGGGAAAGAUCACCCCACUUUCUGUGAUGGUCAUAUUCCAGCAGUGACUAUUACAUUUAUAUGUCCAUCAGAGAGAAGAGAAGGCACAGUUCCUAAGCUUACUGCUAAAUCCAAUUGUCGAUAUGAAAUUGAAUGGGUAACAGAGUAUGCUUGCCACAGAGAUUAUUUGGAAAGUAAAACUUGUAUUCUGAAUAGUGAGCAACAUGAUAUCUCUAUUGACCUUAACCCUCUCACCAAGAAGAAAGGUAUUGAAUCACCAUACUUUGCUGCAGAUGGAAAAGAAUAUUUUUAUUAUAUGAAUGUAUGUGGAGAAACUGAUGCUCAGGUUUGCAGUAGUAAAAGAGAAGCUGCUGUUUGCCAAGUGAAGAAGGAUGAGUCAGGACAAGUCAAAGUGGCUGGAAAAUACCAGAACCAGACCCUCCGAUACUCGGAUGGAGACCUCACCUUAAUCUAUUCUGGUGGAGAUCCGUGCAGUUCAGGGUUUCAGCGAAUGACUGUCAUCAACUUUGAAUGCAACAAAACAGCAGGCAAUGAUGGAAAAGGAGCUCCCGUAUUCACUGGUGAAGUUGACUGCACCUACUUUUUCACUUGGGAUACAAAAUAUGCCUGUGUCAAAGAGAAAGAAGAUCUUCUUUGUAGAGUCACCGAUGGGAACAAACGAUAUGAUUUAUCGGCAUUGGUUCGUCACUCAGAACUGGAAAAAAAUUGGGAAGUUGUGGACAGCAACCACAUAGAAUCAGGAAAGAAACACAUUUUCAUCAAUAUCUGUCACAAAGUACUUCAGGAAGGGAAAGCUAAAGGCUGCCCAGAAGAUGCAGCUAUAUGUUCUGUUGGUGAUCAAAGUUUUAAAAAUCUGGGCAAGUUUAUGUCUUCUCCAAUAAAGAAUAAGGAAAAUAUUCAGAUUUCUUAUUCUGAUGGUGAUAAUUGUGGCUCAAACAAGAAAAUCACAACUAUCAUAACACUUACAUGCAAGCCAGGUGAUCUAGAAAGUGCUCCUGUUUUGAGAAAUUCCGGAGAUAAUGGCUGUUUGUAUGAAUUUGAGUGGCAUACAGCUGCUGCCUGUGUUUUGUCUAAGACUGAAGGCGAUAAUUGCAGAGUUACUGAUUCACAGGCAGGGUUUUCUUUUGAUUUAUCACCUUUGACUAAGAAAAAUGGGGACUAUUUGGUUCAAACAGAAAAAUAUAAAUUCUACAUAAAUGUUUGUGGUGCUGUCUCUCAAGCUGUUUGUCAGCCAAAUUCAGGAGCAUGCCAAGUGGAAGAAAGUCAAAGGAAAGCUUGGAAUCUGGGAGUGAAUAGUUCUGCCCUUUCAUAUUAUGAUGGGAUGAUUCAGUUAAGCUACAAAGGUGGCACAGUUUAUAAUGAUGAAAAACGCACACCACGAACUACACUUAUUACUUUCCUUUGUGAUAGAGAUGCUGGAGUAGGUGUCCCAGAGUACCAGGAGGAAGAUAAUUCCACCUAUAAUUUUAGGUGGUAUACUAGUUAUGCAUGUCCAGAAGAACCACUGGAAUGUAUGGUGACGGAUCCCAAUACCCUGGAGCAGUAUGAUUUAUCCAGUUUAGCAAAGUCUGAAGAUAGUAGUGGCAGAAAUUGGUAUGCAAUGGACAACUCGGGAGAACAUAGCACGUGGAAGAAAUACUAUAUAAAUAUUUGUCGACCUUUGAACCCAAUUCCUGGCUGUGAUCGAAAUGCUUCAGCUUGUCAGAUGAAAUAUGAAAAGGAACAAGAUUCAUUUUCUGAAACAGUGGCAAUCAGCAACUUGGGCGUUGCAAAAACGGGUCCUAUAAUUGAUGGCAGUGGUAGCCUCAUUUUAGAGUAUGUGAAUGGUUCUUUAUGUUUAAAUAGUGAAGGAGAAACUACGUAUUCCACAAGAAUCCAUCUUAUCUGUUCUAGAGGAAGUCUGAACACCCACCCAGUAUUUUCUAUUAUGCGGGAAUGCACUGCCACUUUCUUGUGGAAUACAGAAGCUGCCUGUCCAAUUAAAACAACUGAUGAAAAUCAGGCCUGCUCUGUAAGGGAUCCAAACAGUGGAUUUGUGUUUAAUUUUGAUCCAUUAACUAAAUCAGAUGGAUAUAUAGUCUCUGGUGUUGGAAAGUCUUUUAUGUUCAAUAUCUGUGGAACACUGCCUGUCUGUGGGACUAUAGAAGGAAAGGAGGCUUCUGGAUGUGAAGGAGAGAUCAGAUCAGGAGACCUAAAUAAUCUAAAACCAGAAAGGAGAGUUGGAGCUAAAAAGAGUCUUCACUUAACUACAGAGGGCUAUAUAACACUUACUUACAGAGGAGCCCUUUCACCAUCUAAAGGUGCUUCAGAUGCUUUCAUCAUACGUUUUAUCUGCAAUGAUGAUAUCUACCCAGGAAAAUCCAAAUUUCUACGUCAAGACAUUAAUUCUGAAUUAGGAAUCUAUGAUACUUUCUUUGAGUUUGAAACAGCUUUAGCCUGUGUACCUUCUCCAGUGGAUUGUCAAGUUACUGAUCUUGCUGGCAAUGAAUAUGAUCUAAGUGGCCUGAGCAAAACAAGAGAACCUUGGAUUGCACUUGAUACUUCCACAGAAGGAAAAAACAGAACUUUUUACUUAAAUGUUUGCAAUCCUCUACCUUACAUUCCUGGAUGUCAUGGUAGUGCAUUGGGAUCUUGUGUAAAAACUGGUGACAUAGGCACGAACCUAGGUGUUGUACAGAUCAGUCCUCAAACUGCUGCUAAUGGAUCCCUGAGUAUUGUUUAUGUGAAUGGUGACAAAUGUGAAAAUCAACGGUUUUCCACGCGUAUCAUCUUUGAAUGCGAUCAGACACCUGGAUCACCAGUGUUUCAACAUAAGGAUGAUUGUGAAUAUGUAUUUGUCUGGAGAACCAUAGAGGCUUGUCCUAUUCGCAAGGCAGAAGGAGACAAUUGUGAGGUAAAAGAUCCAAGACAUGGCCACAUUUAUAACCUGAGGGCCCUUGCUGUCAAUGACACAAUAGUGACUGCUGGUGAAUACAACUAUUACUUCCGGGUUUGUGGGACCCUGUCUUCACAUGUGUGCAAGUCAGCAAAUAGCUCUAAAAAAGUUUCAUCAUGUCAAGAAAAGAAGGGUCCUUCAAGUUUCCAGAAAACUGCAGGGUUACUUACCCAGAAACUGACUUAUGAAAAUGGGUUGAUAAAGAUUAAUUACACUGAUGGGGACACAUGCCAUAAAAUAUAUCAGAGAUCUACAACCAUAUUUUUUUACUGUGAUCGCAUCACUCAGAAGCCAGUGUUCUUGAAGGAGACUUUAGAUUGUUCUUACUUGUUUGAGUGGCGAACCCAAUACGCUUGUCCACCUUUUGAGUCCAUUGAAUGUUCAUUCAGAGAUCAUGAAGGAAACUCCUUUGACCUUUCACCUCUGUCACGAUACAAUGACAACUGGGAAGCAAUUACAAGAACUGGUGCCACAGAACGUUACUUCAUCAACAUCUGCAAGUCCCUGGCCCCACAGGCUGGCAUUGGAUCAUGCCCUCCUGACGCAGCUGUCUGCUUGGUGGAGAACUCUAAAUAUACAACCCUGGGCAGGGUGAGUGAUGGUCCUCAGUGGAGUGGUGAAGGCACUUCCAUUCUGAAGUAUCUCAACGGAGACUUGUGCCCAGAUAAGAUUCGUAGAAAGAUGACAACAAUCCGUCUGAGAUGCAGUGAAAGUCAUGUAGAUUCUAAGCCCAUGUUUAUAAGUGCAGUGGAAGAUUGUGAAUAUACUUUCUCAUGGCAAACUUCAGCUGCGUGUCCUUUAAAGCGCAAUAUACAGGAUAACUGUCAAGUUACUAAUCCUGCUACAGGUCAUCUAUUUGAUCUAAACUCUUUAAAGAAUGACUCUGGCUACUCAGUUUCUUACAGUGAAAAGGGAUUAAUUUAUAUAGGUAUUUGUGGAGGGACUAAAAACUGCCCUUCUGGAGUUGGUGUUUGCUUUGGAUUGACCAAAAUAAAUGCUGGAAGUUGGAAUAACAGACUAAUUUAUGUAGAUCAAGUCUUACAACUUGUUUAUGAUAAUGGAGCGCCUUGCCCUUCCAAGAAUGCCCUAAAGUAUAAGAGUGUAAUCAGCUUUGUAUGUACACACAAUUCUGAGACAACCAAUAAGCCUGUGUUUGUUUCCUUGGAUAAACAGACAUGUACUCUUUACUUUUCCUGGCACACCCCAUUGGCUUGUGAGAAAAAGGAGGAGUGCUCAGUAAAAAAUGGAAGCUCUGUUAUUGACCUCAGCCCUUUGAUUCAUCGAACUGGUGGCUAUGAAGCUUAUAAUGAAAAUGAUGAUCUAUCUGAUACCAAGCCAGAUUUCUAUAUUAAUAUCUGUCAGGCUAUUAAUCCCAUCCACGGAGUUUCUUGUCCUGCUGGGGCAGCAGUGUGUAAGAUUCCUGUUGAUGGUUCUCCUAUAGAUGUUGGACGUGUCACUGGACCUCCACAACUUAAUCGUGCAACUAAUGAAAUUUAUAUCACUUUUGAUAGUUCUACCCCAUGUCCUUUAGAUAGAAAUGCUAAUUAUUCCUCAAUUAUUUUAUUUCAUUGCAAGAGGGGAAUAAAUAUGGGAUCACCAAAGAUGAUAAGAACUAGCGGUUGUGAUUAUGUGUUUGAAUGGGAAACUCCAGUUGUAUGCCCAGAUGAUAUAAAAACUGUGGGCUGUUCAGUGACAGAUGAACAGCUACACUAUAACUUUAACUUGUCUAGUCUUUCUAAAAGAUCAGUUAAGGUAACUCAUGGACCCCAUACUUACAAUGUGGGUGUGUGUUCUGCAGCAAAUAGUGAUCCUCAAGGGAGCUGUAAAGAUGGAGGGGUGUGCUUGCUCUCAGGUAGUAAGGCCUCUUCCUUUGGACGACUAGCAUCAAUGAGUUUAGAUUAUAGACAUCAAGAUGAAACGGUCAUUUUAAAAUAUCUAAAUGGUGAUCAAUGUCCUCCAGAAACUGAACAAGGUGAUCCCUGCGUCUUUCCUUUCAUAUAUCAUGGAAAGAGCUAUGAUAAUUGUAUUAGAGAAGAUAAAUCAAAACUUUGGUGUGCUACAACAGAAGACUAUGACAGAGAUCAAAAAUGGGGAUAUUGCAGAUUUUCAAAUAGCUAUCGAUCAUCUACUAUCAUAUUCAGCUGUGAUGAAAAUAUUGACAUUGGGACACCGAAAGUCUUCAGUGAGACCCAUGGAUGUGAGGUGACUUUUGAAUGGAAAACAAAAGUUGUCUGUCCCCCAAAGAAGAUGGAUUGUAAAUUCAUCCAGAAACAUAAAACCUAUGACCUGCGUCUGCUUUCUUCUCUAACUGGGUCCUGGUUGUUUGUUCAUGAUGGUACCUCGUACUAUAUUAACUUGUGUCAAAGCAUAUAUAAAGGACCCUCUGGCUGCCCUGAAAGGGCUAGCAUUUGCAAAAAAAGUAUAACUGGUACUGUCCAGGUUUUGGGACUUGUUCAUACACAGAAGCUAGAUGUGACAGGUGACAAAGUCCUUGUAACAUACUCAAAUGGCUAUGAGUGUGGACGAAAUAAAACUGCAACCACAGUUAUAGAACUGAAAUGUGCAAAGACAGUUGGCAAGCCCAUGCUUAAGAGGUUUGAUAGAGAGAGCUGUACAUACUACAUUAUGUGGGAAACUCGAGCAGCUUGUGCAGUGAAACCACAGGAGGUGGAAAUGGUGAAUGGGACCAUCAUCAAUCCUGUGAAUGACAAGCGUCUCAGCCUAGGAGAUAUUUAUUUUAAGUUAUUCAGUGCUUCUGGGGAUAUGAGACCUAAUGGGGAUGCUUAUAUGUAUGAAAUCCAGCUUUCUUCUAUCACAAAUUCAGCAAAUCCAUUGUGUUAUGGAGCUAGUAUAUGUCAAGUUAAGACAAAUGAUCAACACUUUGGUAGGCAAGUUGGAUCUUCAGAUAAAACUAGAUAUUACAUUCAAGAUGAUGACCUGGAUGUUGUAUUUUCCUCUUCCUCUAAGUGUGGAAAAGAUAAUACAAAAUAUGUUUCUUCUACCAUCUUUUUCCAUUGUGAUCCAUUGGUGAAGGAGGGUAUCCCUGAAUUUAGUCACGAAACAGCAGAUUGUCAAUACCUCUUUUCAUGGUAUACCUCUGCUGUUUGCCCUCUGGGGAUGGAAAUUAUUAAUGAUAGAGAUGAAGAUGUGCUGAAUCACAAGGGUCUUUCUGGAAGAAGCCAGGCUGUUGGGGCAAUUCUCAGUCUGCUUCUGGUGGUCCUUACUGCAUGUCUCUUGAUUAUGCUAUUAUACAAAAAAGAAAGAAGGGAAACUGUCAUGCAUAGAAUAAGCAGCUGCUGUAAGAGAAGCUCCAACGUGUCUUACAAAUACACCAAGGUAAACACAGAAGAAGAGGCAGAUGAAAAUGAAACAGAGUGGCUUAUGGAAGAGAUUCAGCUGUCGGCUUCAAGACCUGGGAAGGAAGGGCAAGAAAAUGGCCACAUUACCACCAAAUCAGUGAAAUCGGAUGCCCUAACUUCUCUGCAUGCAGAUGACCAGGAUAGUGAAGAUGAAGUUCUGACCAUACCUGAUGUGAAAAUUCAUUUAGCAAGAGGCACCCGGCCAGGAGGAACAGACAAGGCUAAAAAUCUGCAACGGAAGACAUUCAAGCACGGCAAUGAUGAUACAGUUGGUUUGCUUAAAGGAGAGAAGGAAAGAAAAGGAAAACCUAAGUCAGGACAACAGAAAGCAAUGGAUUCUGCAUACCCCAUGUCAUUUCAUGAUGACAGUGAUGAAGAUCUGCUCCAUGUCUAAAAUUCCCUCUCGUGCCUACAAGAGAAAAUUUAUUAGUGGGACAGAAAGCAUCUCCAACCAAAUAUGAAGACUUCACAACUUGAUGCUUCUAUAAUUUUUUGCCUUUAACAAGAACUCAUUCAAAAGGGAAGAUGUUUUUGUGCUGGUGACGGGGAGGAGGGAAACGAUGGCUUGGCUUAUUCCUGUUUGUUUGCAGGUGAUGGAAAAGUCCUUGCCUAAGUUAGCCAGAUAACAUUGGUACUCUGACUCCAGGGUUCUGUCCAUGUCUGCAUUUAUAAGCAUAGCCAUUAGAAGCUUAUUAGCUUUUAUUUAGUGCAAAUAUACUCCCAGAAGGCAGGGUUUGAAUUAAAUGAAGGGGAAAAAAAAAAGCCCUGAUACUUUUAGACCAUUUAAGAUACUUGAUUAUUAGCAUUUUAAUUCUCUCUCCACCCCCUAUUUAUUGACUUUGACUUCUCAGGUUUGCUGAAAUAACAGUAACAAUUUCUUCCUGCCGGCAGGGGGGUAUUCUUUUGAUUCACCCAUUGUAGGAGAAAGAAAAGGUGUUAAUCCAUAUGCUGGGAUGGUCUGAGGUGAAAUUUUUGGACCUGGUAUUUAAUUUUAUCUUUUAUGUUAAAAUAUUUCAUUUCUGGACUUUGGAUUUUUUUUUUUUUCUAAGAAACAAAAUGCUCUUUAGUUUCUUGGGUGCUUCAAAAGGUUCACAUUCUGUAUAUGACUUUAGCCAAAAACAGCUGCUGCUCUUUGCAUGUUAUUCUUGGUCCUGGUCAUAUGAAGCAAAUCUAUCAGUAUUUUGCUAGACUUCUGGUGAACCCAAACAACUGACCCAAAGAUUGAUUUCCUAUGGAGUUGAGACUUGGUGCCAUACCACAGAAAAUAACCAGGUUUCUCAGGAUUGUGGGUAUAGGUCAUCUCAGUAUCAUCUUCACUGUCUAAUCCUAUUUUUUAAAGAAAAAAAAAAAGAACUUUGUAAACAUUGGACCUACAGAAGCC